AUGGGGGUUAUCUGCGCUGCUGCAUACCUUAUCGUCAUGUUUGUCUUCAUCCCAUUCCCAUUCAUUGAGUGGAUUGGAGCAGAGAAUGCCUUCCCUCAUACGAAAUUCCUUGCAUUUCUGUCUGCAUUGAUUUCUAUAUGUACCGCCAUUCUGUUGGGAUUCGCUGAUGAUGUACUAGACCUGAAAUGGCGCCACAAAUUGGCUUUUCCUACCCUUUCGUCCUUGCCUAUUCUCAUGGUCUACUAUGUGUCAGGAAGUUCGACUACGGUGAUAAUACCUUCCGUUGUGCGUACACUGCUAUCUUCCAUUGUUCCUACGUCCAUUUUCCCAACUAUUCCUGCCUGUAUUGACAUAAAUAUCUUCUACUAUGUGUUUAUGUGCAUGGUAGUGGUCUUCUGUACCAAUGCCAUCAAUAUUCUUGCUGGGAUAAAUGGACUGGAAAGUGGGCAGGCAAUCGUAAUAGCUGUUAGUGUUGUGGCCUUCAACCUGGUGCAGGCACGUAUUUGUCAUUUUCCAUGUUUGUGCUGCAAUUCUAGUAAACAAGAAAGUAUUUUCCAGAUAAGCCGCUUGGAUGAAUGCUGGGACCAUAUGUUGUCGUUAUAUUUCCUUAUACCUUUUCUCGCUUGUACACUGGCCCUUUUCCAGUUCAACAAUUAUCCUGCACGUGUAUUUGUUGGUGAUACCUUCUGUUACUGGGCAGGAAUGACACUUGCUGUUGUAUCUAUCCUGGGUCAUUUCAGCAAAACGAUGAUCCUAUUCCUAAUUCCGCAGGUAUUCAACUUUCUAUACUCCAUUCCACAAUUAUUCAAACUGGUACCGUGUCCAAGACAUCGCCUGCCGAAAUACGAUGGGGCAACGGAUACGGUUGAUAUAAGCGUUGCUCAAUUCAAAGAAAAAGACUUGAAGUUGCUGGGUAGGGUCACACUCAAAGUAUUCUCUUCUUGUGGAAUACUAUACAGCAAGGAAUUCGAGAGAGAUAGUGAACGAUGGCAAGAAAUCAACAAUCUAACCAUUUUGAAUCUGGUACUGAAGUUUACUGGUCCACUCCACGAGCAGACUCUUACUAACGUUCUUCUUUCAAUUCAAGUGAUUUGUUCCGUUUUCGCAUUUUUCGUUAGAUUUUAUCUUGCAUCGUUUCUUUAUGAUGUCGUAUAUUGA